CACCCCUUGAAUCUGGCCUGAACCUCCACCCGUCAAACAUCUCGUUCCCGUUGCCAGAUUCCCCAUCUUCGACCUCGUCCAUCGCUUCGACGUCUCCGACCUGCCCCCCACCAGCCCGUGCCGCCCGUUUUCUUGCCGCCGUCGCCAUCUCUCCCGACGCGGCCGUUGCCUCGUGCCCGCCUGUCGCCCGCGAUAGUCGAAGCUGUGGAGCUAGCAGCUUUCCACGCUCUUAGAGCUGUCAUCUAUCAAUCGCUGACUACGAGAAGCGACGCCCCUCCUCUUCUCCCUUGGCCGUUUCCGUUUUACCUCGAAGCUCUGCCGCGUCGAUCGGGUGCUCACCCACAGCUGCUGUCAAGCUUGGCGAUUGGAUCCUCGACAUAACCAUGGCUUCCAGCAGUUUUCGAGACUCCAUCAACUCCCUGGGCUGGAGCCGGCGACAGGAGGCGCCCAUCACCACAUCUCAGCAGUCAUCCGGCCUCCUGUCCUCUCUGCAGAGUCUGAACCCUUUCCAGGAUCGCGGGUACACUGUCCUUCCCACCUCAGAAGGUCCAGGAGCACCACUGCCGGCACCCACUCGGCGUGAAGAGGAGGAAGGCUGGUUUGUGCUAAGUCGAUGGGACCGCAUGCUGGUAUUUGCCUUUUGCAAUCUGGCUGCCGCUGCCUGCUUCGUCAUCUGCUUCACCCUGUUCCCUGUCCUUUCUCUGAGACCACGCAAAUUUGUGAUUCUAUGGACAGUCGGUUCGGCGCUCUUCCUGGCGUCCUUUGCUGCCAUUAUGGGGCCAAUGAACUACGUCUACCACCUCUUCUCGGCCCCGAGACUCCCAUUUACCGCUGCCUACUUUGGCUCCAUCGCAUUGACGUUGGUGUUCUCUAUCAAGCUUCAUAGCACUAUCCUCACCCUCUUUGCUGCCCUUGUUCAACUCGCCGCAUUGCUUUGGUAUCUUGUCAGUUAUUUCCCAAUGGGUCAAACAGGAUUGCGCUUGGCUACUUCUUUCGGCGCAAGACAGGCCACUGCAUGGCUUUCGGGGUGAGUCUUGGAGUCUUGGACAAGACGGAUCAGCAAGCAGAAUCUCCCCACUAGUACUCAAGCUUGACACCUGAUGAUCUUUUGAGUAUGGCUUUUGUUUUGUAAUGUAUUGUGGAUAUAUAUGUAUUAUGUGAAGCCUGGAGUUUCGAAGCACUUCGGCAAUAUCUGGCAUCUGGGUUGCAGUCUCGUGUAGCGAUAGGAAUGAAUCCACUCAAAAACAUGUCUCUCAGAAGCGUGUCUAUCAGUUAUUGCCGAAGCUCCCCAUCCAUCCUUAUGCAUAAUCAACCAGCGACCUUUGCGCGGUGCUAAUGCACAAUCUCUCCGGAUAUUAACUAACAGACACGGCACAUCUCAUCCACGUGCCGGAAACACAAGCAUAGACUGGGAAAUGCAGAGCGGGCAAGAGGUCACCUGCCAUGCCAGGGGUUGUUGACAUAUAUUAAUCGGGGAAAAGGACGAGUCUGAUUGGCUCUUUUGAAGGUCGAC